GUUGUGACUCGGGCAGCCUAUCCCGAGGGUGGGGAGCCGCCGUGGAGCCGGAGCCGAGCGGUACUCCGCCGCGUCACGUGCCGGGGUGGGGGCUAUAAAAUACCGGAGCCGGGGCGCCGGGCUGGGGACGUGAGGACCAGCCCUCUCCCGGGACCCUUUUGUUCGCAGCCCAGACGCCGACACCUCCGCGUCCCCAAGGGCUUGACCGCUUGCGCCCGCGUCGGGGGCCGAGCUCUGCGCAGGAGAGGGGAGGGGCGCCCGGCCGGUCGGGGCCUGCAGCCGCCCACCCCUCCCGACAUGUCGCGCUCCUUCUAUGUGGACUCGCUCAUCAUCAAGGACUCCUCCCGGCCCGCGCCCUCCCUGCCGGAGCCGCAUCCCGGGCCGGAUUUCUUCAUCCCGCUGGGCAUGCCGUCCCCGCUGGUGAUGUCCGUGUCGGGGCCCGGCUGCCCGUCCCGCAAGAGCGGCGCGUUCUGCGUUUGCCCGCUCUGCGUCACUUCGCACCUGCACCCCGCGCGCGGCCCGGGGGGCGCCGGCGGCGGGGGCGCAGGGGCCGGGGGUGUAGGCGCAGGGGGCGGCGGGGCGCCGGGGGGCGCCGGGGCCCUCCCUCUGCUCAAGAGUCAGUACUCUUCGGGGCCCGGGGACGCCCAGUUUUGCUCCCGCAUGAGCCACGCGCACCAUCACCACCACCCGCCGCAGCAUCACCAUCACCACCACCAGCCCCAGCAGCCCGGCUCCGCCGCUGCGGCCGCCGCGGCUGCAGCGGCCGCGGCCGCGGCGGCCUUGGGGCAUCAGCAGCACCACGCACCUGUCUGCGCUGCCACCACCUACAACGUGGCGGACCCGCGGAGAUUCCACUGCCUCACCAUGGGGGGCUCCGACGCCAACCAGGUACCCAACGGCAAGAGGAUGAGGACCGCGUUCACGAGCACGCAACUCCUGGAGCUAGAACGGGAAUUCUCUUCCAACAUGUACCUGUCUCGACUGCGGAGAAUCGAAAUCGCCACGUACCUGAACCUUUCAGAGAAGCAGGUGAAAAUCUGGUUUCAGAACCGCCGAGUGAAGCACAAGAAGGAAGGGAAGGGCACGCAGAGGAACAGUCACUCAGGCUGCAAGUGCGUCGGCGGCCAGGCACACUACGCGCGCUCCGAGGAUGAGGACUCCUUGUCCCCGGCCUCGCCCAACGACGACAAGGAGAUUUCUCCCUUAUGAGGGAAGGCUGCCUCCCUCUCACCACUUGCUCCAGUAGCCCUUGCCUCGACUACUUGGCGGGCACCCAGGGGCCAAAAUCCUUGCUCAUUCUGUGGUCCCACCCGGAUAAGAACUGAACUGAGCGAUGGGGUAUAUGCCUCGCCUGACCUGCGUGUCUCCUUCUCGACCUACCUGUGUGGGUCUCCACUCACGGUUUUAGAUAGUUUUCUUUUUUAAUGUAAAUAAUUUAGAAUUCAACUCAGUCUUGUCAUAGAAUGGAGAAAAAGCAGGGUUGGUUUAACACUGAGGGUUUUUGAAAGCGCAUGUCACUUCCCCUUCACGACUGUUUUUCAGAACCUGACAAGAGCUUGGGGUUUCAUGAUUUCCUUUCUGUUGUUGUUCUUUAAAUGAAUUGCAAAUAAUUUAGAAAACUGAACCCUGUAGGUCCUGCUUUCUGAAAAUGUAUCUGGGGAGAGUUUAAAAUUCAAGCCGCUGGAAGUCCCUUUG